UAUAAUUUCAAAUAAAAUAUACUGUAUCGAAACGUUUAAAUAUAAAUAUAUUUACAUUUUUCUUCUUAUGAGUUUUUAAACUCUUGUUAAAGCAAUAUGGCUGAUGGUGGUGGAAUUAAAUUUGAAAAUCACAGAAACAUCACUAAUGUUAAAAUAGAUGACACAAUUCUUGUAGAAGAAUAUUCAUCUCUGGUCAGAAAACCAGAAAAUGGAACUAUAUCUCAAAACAUAUUAAGUUUUUUUCAUUCCUAUGGAUAUAAUUGUCGAAAGUACUUCAAUCUCUGUAGGAUUGAUAUUAAUAAUGUUGCCUUUGCUGCUGGUAAUUUGAUUCAGAUUUUCAACAUAGUAGAAAAUAAAAUUUGGUUUAAAAAAGCAUCUUUAGGUCAAGGUAUUGGUCAUCUAUCAAGAAAUCCUGUUCAUGACCAUAUUGCUGUUGCAUUAAAUGGAAUCAAUCCUUUGAUUAUUAUUUAUAGUUGGCCUUCUAUGAAAACUGCAAUCACUUUAGAAGGAGGAACAACUAAAUGUUAUUCGUAUAUGACAUACAGUCAAGAUGGAAUAUUAUUGGCAUCUCAAGGUGGUGAACCUGAUUAUUAUGUUUCCAUUUGGAAAUGGCAAGAAUCACAAAUUAUUUUACAAUGUAAAUCUUAUGUCCAAGAUAUAUAUAAAAUAACUUUUUCUAAAUACAUACCGGGGCAUUUAACAUCUGGUGGAAUAGGACAUAUUAAAUUUUGGAAAAUAUCCAAGACUUUUACUGGAUUAAAACUUAAAGGUGAAAUAGGUAAAUUUGGAAAUACAGAGAUUUCUGAUAUUAUAGCGAUUCAUCCCAUGCCGAAUGAAACGGUAAUAUCAGGAUGUGAAUGGGGAAACAUUCUUUUAUGGGAUGAGAGUUUAAUUAAACUUGAGGCACGUAGAAAAAGUAAAGAGACAGCACAUGCUGGUCCUAUUACUCAAUUUGAAUUUAUUAAUGGAGAAAUUAUUUCAGUUGGUACAGAUGGAUGGAUCAGAUUUUGGUUUUAUGAAACAAUGGAUCAUGCUAAUCUUUCUGAUGAAGAGCGGUUUCUUGAAAUUCAACCAAUUUAUGAAUUUGAAAUUGCAAGUGGAGAAGAAAAUGCAAUGCUUAUGUGUAUUCACAAACAAGAGUCAAAUAAUCCAGAUGCAACAACUUGGUAUGCCCAGGAUGGGAAUGGAGGAUUAUGGUUGCUCGAUCUUUGUACUAGUAAAAAAGAACAUACACAAAGAAAAAUUUUCACAUGUCAUGCCGGUUCCAUAGUCGAUAUGGACACAGCAGAUUGGGGACCUUUUGUAGCUACCCUUGAUAGAAAUGGCAAUUUACAUAUUUAUAAUUAUAUUGAAAAGAAAUUAAGUUUUAUUCAUAAAUUUCAUGACAUUGGAAGCCAAGUAAUUUGGUUUCCGUGUAAGAUUGAAAAAACGGGUUUAACACUUGUAUGUGCUUUUGAAAGUGGUAUUAUUAGAAUGAUUACGAUAUCGAUGCAAACACCAAAUUCCAAAAGUAGCAUAAAAGGAGAUAAAACAAGACUAAUUGAAGUUUUGAAACCACAUUCAAAGCCAAUUACUGUAAUGUCUUUAAAUACAACUUGUAGUGUAUUGGUAACAGGCAGUAGUGAUGCUACAAUUUUUGCAUUUUGUAUCCGUUCUACAGAUACUUAUCCUAAAAUUGAACCUAUUGGUUACGUAAAAGUACCAUCACCUGUUACUUGUAUGACAUGGAAUCUACAAGAAGAAGCAACUUUAUUAGUUGGAUGUUUAAAAGGGCAUUGUGUAGAAAUUCAAUUACAUACAAUACCUCAAUUAUAUACAACUACAACGUAUGAACUCCAUUGUAAUUCCAUGGCAUUCAAAUUUGAAUCAGUUAAAUCUUCAAUACACAGAGAAAUUGUUAGAAAAGAAUAUGAACAACGAAGAGAGAAAAAAAUUGAGGAAAAGAGGAAAGAAAUGGAACAACUAAUGAGAGAGAAUCCACAUAUUGUAAUUGAUGAAGAAGCAUUUCUCAUGGAAAUUGAAGAAGAAGAGAUGAUUCUCCCAGAACUUUAUAUUCCAGAAAUUCCAAAUAGAGUUUUGGUAGCAGAAUAUGGUAUUAAUGGGAACAUAUGGUUAUUUAUGGCUGGUUUCGAUGCAGGAUAUGUUUAUGAAUAUCCACGUCCACUAUGUGUAAAAAUAAAACAAAAUAAACCGUCUAUAAGCAGAAUAAUUGAAAACGCAAUGGAUACAGAAAUCCAUAAGUUUCUUUAUUACAAAAACAAGGAGUAUUUAAUUUUGGCAACACAGUAUGGGGAGCUUUAUAUUUGUAAAAUAAAUAAAGAAGACCCGCUAGAUUUUUCAGAUUAUUGGAUUUUGCCGGUACACGAUUAUUAUAAUGGACUUAUGUCUAAAAUUUCAUUUGGUUACGAUAAAAAGAUGUUGUUAACGUGUGGUCAUGAUGGAAACAUAUUUUCUUUUAUCAUUAAUGAUGACAUAUCUGACGAAAGUAUUGAAAUACCAAUACCAGAACAGCCUACUCAUUUGCCUAAGAGUAUCGAAGAUAUUGAAGAUGCUGAGCAUCCAAGUUUGGAACAAGUAAUUACACAAAAAGAGCAAAAUCGAAUUCUUUCUCUUGCAGAAAAGAAAAAGAAAGAAAUUCUUCAAAUUAUACGUGAUUUAAGUGAAGAAUAUGUUGCAAUUACUAUUCGAAAUAAAAAUCUUCUACCAUCGCAGCAAAUAGUACAGUUCGAAUUAGACCCUAGAAUAACAGAAGAUUUAAGACAACAUUUAAAAGCUAAUAUAACUUUAACAAUAGCAAAGUUAGAAUUUCAAGUGGAGAAAAGUAAACUACAAUUACAAAAACUUAUGAAUCAUUUUGUUAUGCCCAUUACUUGUUUACCUUUUGCAGUUUGCAGUAUACUAAAUGAAGAUAAAAAAGUGCAUUCUUUACGAGAACUAAAAUUGAAUAUUGAGAAUAUUUUGAGAUGCUUCGAAAAAAUGAAGCAAGAUGAAAAGGAACAAAGAACAGGCAGAUUAACGCAAGAAGAGAUUGAGAUGGAAAAAUAUGAGUCACAGGAAGAGGAACUGCAGGACAUAGAGAUUCUUUUAGCUGAAGAUUAUAGUGAUUUGUCAUCUGGAUUGGGUUUGCAAAUAAAGCAAAUAUUAACGAAAUACAAAGAAAUAAAACGAAAAUUGAUGGAAAGACAAAAAGAAUGGAAAAAGUUAUAUGCAAAAAAACCAGAUUUAGCAAAGAGUUCAUUGGAAGAUGCAGCUUUUCUUGAAAAAGCAAAAGAAACUAUUGGUGAAUUUAAUUUAAAGACCGAUACAGGUUUCAAUUUAAAGAAAAAAAAAGAAACAGCAGUUGAAAAAUAUAAACAACUUUUAGAUUGCAGACGUAAGCUUCAUCAUUUGCGAGAUGAUUUCAAUACAAGAUUAAAAAAUGCUCGAUCACAAAAGCAAAAAUUGCAAAAAGAAGUUACGGCAUUGUCUGAGACUCUUAAAAAAAUUCAUAUGGAACUUCCACCAAAAAGUAUAAAACCUUUACCACAUCCACCAAAAAUAAAUUUUAAUAUUGAAUUUCCUGAAUUGAACCUUGAGCUUGAAAGAUACAUGUCAAUGUCAGAAAAAAUGGAGCAAGUAAAACAGCAAAGACAGUCAAUUGCAGAUCACUCAAUGGAUCCUUUUGAUUUAGAACAUGAAGUAUUGUAUUGUGGUAGUAAAAAAAUGUUUGUCGAAGAAACAGAGAGUCUCACCACUCUUCUUUCCUCUUCGAAACUAAAAAUAAAAGAUCACUCAUCUACACAUAUGGAUUUAAUUUAUCAUCUCAGCACAACUGAGUCCACUCAAACUACAUGGGAACGAGAAAUGAAACGUUCUCGAAUGUGGCGAAAGUUAUAUGAACAGGAUUGUAUUUUGCGCUCUAUUAACAUCAGCUAUAAAGAACUGGAGGAUGAACUAGCUGAAUUAGAAGAAUACAGACUCGAUGUUAUAUACCAAAGCAUAUAUAUGAACCUACACUUACUAACACUUUAUGAAGAAUUUAUCAUUUUAAAAGAAUGUGAAGAAACUGAGUAUGCACUUGAAAAAAAAGUUGAAGAAAGAUCAAAUGAGUUUUCCACAAUAAAGCUACAAAUACAAACCACAAACGUUAACAUUGCAGCAAAAGAAGAAGAGAUUCGAAAAUUACAUCUAAAAAUUAAAGAUAUUACAGUUGAAUUUGCUAAAACCAUAAUUGAAAACAAAUUCCAAGAUUUCCUUCAUAAAAUAUUUAGAAAGAAAUAUACUCCUGUAAAAGAACGUGAUGGUUCUUCAGAUACAUUUACACAAUCAUCUGAAACUAGUUCCGAAGAAUCAGAUGAUACAAUAGAUUCAGAAACAGAACAUAUUCCAUUAGAUGAAAGUAUAUGUCCACCAGGGUGUGAUAAGGAGUUAUAUGAAAAUGCAUUUUUUAUGAGAGAAAGACGAUAUGAAUGCGAAUUUCAGAUUAAAGAGAAACAGAAAGAUAUAGAAAUAUUGCAGAAAGAAUUGGAUAGCUAUAACAAAAAUUUGAGAUUUGUCGAAAAUAAUUUAAAAAGCUCUAAGCAAGAAUUAGAAGAUUUUAUGUUAAAAAAGCAAAAAAGAUUAAAUAAUAUUGACGUAACAGUUGUAUUAAAACUUCAUCAAUUACAACAUAUAUCACCUUCUGGGGACAUUGAAGAAAUUCAAAAUUGCGUACUUUUUAAUAAGACAGAACUAUCAAAUUUAUAUAAUAGAAUUGGAGAACUACAAGAAGAAACACAUAGCUUAGAAGAAAAGCGCAAAGAAAAUGAAGCACACCUUAAAAGAAUAAAAUUAGAUUUAAAAUACAUGAAAACUGAAAAUAAAAGACUGAAAGAAGAGAUAAAAGAAAAAAUGAUACAGAAAUUUGGUCAACAAGUAUCACUAGUUAAUUUAUAUGAGACUAUUUUACAAAGAUUAAUUUAUGAUACCAAAACGGAUGUACGAAAAAUGAUGAAAACUUUUAAUAAAGAAAUGAAAAGUAUUAAAUUGAACUGUAAUAAGGCAUCAAUGGUUUUAGAGUGCUUAAUUCGAGAUAAUACUGAAAAAUUAAGUUUAUUGACAGUGUUAGAAAAAGAAAACAUUAAACUCGGAAGAAACUUAGAUCAUACCUUAAUUCCAGAAGAAAAUAUGUUACAAAUAGAACUUGACUAUAAAACUGACAUAACUAAGCUUGAAAAUAUUCUUUAUAAUCAAAUGCAACAAAAAUAUUUGCUGCAACGUGAUAUAGAAAAUCUGAAAACUGGAUCAAAAAAAUUACCUUCACUUUGUUUAAAAGACAGUAAAAUAUAACAAUAAUUAAUGUUUAAUUUAAAAAUUAAUGGAAGAAUUAUAAAAUAACUUGUGUAGGAAUCGUAGGAAAUCGUAGCGGAAUCCUAGGAAUCUCAAGGAAAUUGUAGAAAAGAUUUUUUGUUCUCCAAAAAGAUCUCAACAUGAAUCUGUCAGAGCGAUAUUUAUAUUCAGGAGUUUGCGAGCUCAUUAUUGGCGUUCACGAAAUUUCUAGCCACUCCUUAUCACACGAUUCCUCGCUUCACCAUUCAAUCUUCUAGAAUCUAGAUUGAUUAUUGUUAAACAAACGGUGUUGUUACACUCAUUUAAUU